GCCAGCUGACUACGUUUUUCUCCGUACCUGUUUCCGAAAUAUACUUUAAGAAAUUAUAUUUGAUAAAUUAAGUCAUGCUAUUGUCGGGCUAUUUGAGACGUUUACAGCCAUGUGCUGGUGCAAUGCGUCGAUGUGCAACUACAAUGCCGAGUGAUGAACCAGAUACUGAUAUCAGCUCGACUGUCAAGCGAAUCCGUCAGGAGUUGGCACAGGACAAACAGCAAUUAAAGUGGCGAACGCCGAUUGGGGAUCGUCCCGAAGAUUGGAAUAGUAAGCUAAAACUGUUCUCGAACCCGGAGCAAACAUCGGAUUUUAUUGUGAUGAUGCAACGCCCCAUUGACCUAAGUGCAAAGAACGUGAAACAAUGGUGGGGCAAGCGUCAGGAACGCAUUGAACGACACAUGCAACAGUUUAUACCCGAACGCCAUAAAAUAUUGGGCCCUGAAUUAGCCUCGGCCCAUUUCAUAUUGUAUCGCGGUGGCGCUGUCAAGUUCCUAAAUGAUCCCAAAUGGCAACGUGCCUCUGAAGAUGGCGAAUUCAAUUUACCCAAUAAAUUCAAUGCCACCUACAAAGUGGAAGCUCUUCGCUGCGACAACAUGCAGUUAUAUUAUGAGGGACUGGAAAACCUACGCUGCUUGGAGCACCUCAAGUUUCUAUCCUUUCACAAUGUUAAAACUUUUGACGACUGGUGUUUGGAUCGUGUUUCUGGCAGUGAGUUUCCACGCCUGGAGGUUCUUGAUAUAUCCGGCACUAAUAUUACAGCCAAGGGAUUAUCCUGCCUCUAUCGCCUUGGCCAACUGAAGCUCCUGAUUAUCGAUGAUCCAAAGCAAACGCUGGAAAUGGAAUUGACCGCUGCAAUGCUAGAAGCAUCGAUGCCGGCACUUAAAAUUGUUGCAGCCAAUACAAUACACAGCAUAACAUAAAGUUGUUUGAAAUAUAAUUAAAAAGAAAGAUCACGUUAA